UUACCUUAAAGCCCUCGCACGUCCAAGCUGGCCAGAACCAGCCAAAUUUCGACACGUGGUCAGCCCUCACGUCGAAGGGAUCGUCAACCCCCACAAAGCAAACUCGACAUAACUGACUGUCCUUCAAAAAUUUCCCACCUUUUUCUCUUUCCCUUUUGGAUUCCCCGCUAUAUAAAAGCCAUUGCUCACCAAGCGGACACUUCAUCGCUCACCCAACACACACACAUUACCCAACCAAAGCGGCGAAGCAAGCAAAAAGCUCGCUCCUUUAAGGCUCUCUCGCAGCCAAUGGACUGGACCAGGGGCCGCGCCGUCGGCCACGGGGCCUCCGCCACCGUGUCGGUCGCGACCUGCCGUCUCUCCGGCGACAUCUUCGCCGUGAAGUCGGCCGAGCUGGUUCGGUCCAAGUUCCUGCAAAGGGAGCAGCAAACUCUGUCCUCUCUGAGCUCUCCCAGGAUAGUCAGCUACAGGGGAUGCGAAAUUACGAAUGAGGACGGCAGGAUCAUGUUCAAUAUCUUCAUGGAGUAUUUGCCGCGGGGAAGCCUAGCCGAUCAGAUCAGAAGCCGGGGAGGGGAGCUGGACGAAUCGGCGAUCCGCGUCUACACGCGCCAAAUUCUGGAGGGACUGGACUACUUGCACUCUCGGGGCAUCGCGCAUUGCGACAUCAAGAGCUCCAACGUCCUGGUCGGGGACGACGGCGGUGCGAAGAUCGCCGACUUCGGGUGCGCGAAGAGGGUCGGGGCUGCGGAGAUCGGCGGCACGCCGAUGUUCAUGGCUCCGGAGGCAGCGCGGGGGGAGGAGCAGGGGCUCGCCGGCGACGCGUGGGCGGUUGGGUGCACGGUCGUGGAAAUGGCCACCGGGGAAUCCCCGUGGCAGAGUGGGGCCGCCUCCGACCCGGUGUCGGUGCUCUACAGGAUCGCGUGUUCCGGGGAGUCACCGGCGAUCCCGGGUUGCCUCUCCGCGGAAGGAAGGGAUUUCGUGAGCAAGUGUCUAAGGAGAGACCCGAGAGAAAGAUGGACGGUGGGUCAACUUCUGGAGCACCCAUUCCUCGAGAAUCACAAAUUGGGCUCAAGCCAAACCGAACAAAUCAAAACGAAGUCGCCCACGAGCGUUCUUGAUCAGGAGUUCUGGAACGCGAUGGACGAGACGGAGUCAUCAGAAGCCGGCACGACGGGAGACGGGGUCGAAAUGGCCCUCGACAGGAUCAGAACGCUGUCGUUUCGGGAGGGACGACCCGAUGGGCGGUGCGGCGAAUGCGACGACGAGGGUUGGAUCACCGUCAGAUUGGGGGAGAGAGAAGGUGAGAUCGCGGAGGAAUUCGCGACAAUUGGUGGGUCAGACACGGAUUGUGCUUCCUCGUCUUCUUCGUAUUUUUCGCGGGCCAGUGCCGAGAUGGACGCAAGUGCUGUCGGUGGUGAGAAGUGGGCGGGUCUUACGGGCGGCGACGCAGGUCGUGGAAAUGCGUGUGGUUGGUGCGGAGAGGAAUGCGCUGUAAUUAGGAGCAGUCUCGAUUCCGAGAGGCACAAAGGCAAACUUCCUGAAUUGAUGUCCAGAUUUUCAUGAGCAAUUUUA